UUGUCGAUUGAGUCUUCAGUUUGUCUAACUGCGGGCUUUCGGCUCGUUCAAGGUUAGCUGAGCUGCUCAAGGUCGCUGAGACAAGAGUAUGGUAUGAGAAUUUGAACUUCAGUGGAUUGCGUUUAUCAUACAAUGUCCUCACCAGUUGAUCCAGAAGAAUAUUCGUUUGUCGCGUAUGGCGAUCCUUUUAGUGAUGAUGAAGAUGAGCAAAGCAGAUUUCGUGGCCUUGCUUUGGGUAAACGUAAAGCUAUUCCAUCCGCCUAUGAAAACCGCGUACUGAAUGAAAGGGGUCGACCUAUGAGGUUUCACGGGGCAUUCACUGGAGGAUUUUCUGCUGGAUAUUUCAAUUCAGUUGGGUCUAAAGAGGGUUUUAAACCUAAAAGCUUCCACUCCUCUCGUAAAAAUAGACAGAGGGAUUUAGAUGAAAAGUUUGCCCAACAUCCAGAGGAUUUUAUGGAUGAUGAAGAUUUCGGAGAAUUCGGUAUUGCUCCAAGGCGUAUUCGACCGACUCAUGAAUUUGAUGACACUCAUGUACGUGAUACAUUGCAACUAGCAUUAGGUGAUCAGUCUAUGAUUCCACAAGCUGGUUCACUUUUGAAAGGAUUAAUUGUAGCUACCAGAGGUACACUAGCUGAGAGGUUAUUACGACGUCUUGGGUGGAAAAAUGCUCAUUCAACUCCCCUGAAUGAUGAUACUGUAGAAAAUACGGAUCAGAGAAAAUUUCCAGACGAUACGGAAUCUAUUACAGGCACUGAUGAGUGUUUUGGUGGAGAGAAAGAUUCAAGUCCUACAAUGUUCGCUCAAAUUAAUUUUGUGGCUAAAACUAAUACAUUUGGUUUGGGGUAUUCACCGUUGGAUCCAGAAGUCGCUAUGGGUCGGCGUAAGCUUAACUCAAAUGAUGCUGAGGAUAUUUGGUCAAACAGACACCCAGAAGAGUCUGUCAGUGCACUGUUACACAGACAACAGAAAAUUCGUAACGAAAAUGAAUUUGAUCUUAAAAGUGGAUUGAAGCGUCAUGGCAUAACCGGUCAUGCUUUCGGUGUAGGUGCUUUAGAGGAAGAAGAUGCUGAUGUGUACGAACAAGAUCGUUUAGCAGAAUAUGAUUGGGAAAUAGGGGAUGGUGAAUCAAACGAUGACGAAGAUGAAGAUGAAGAACAGGCUGAAAUUGAGGCUGCUAGACUUGGACGUUUGUCAUCUACUAUGAAGAAGAAAUCACAAGUUAAUUCUAGUUCUACUGAACGUACUAAAAUUAUUGAUGGGUGGACUGCUCCUUCACAACAUCGUUCAUCUCAAAAAUUGAACAAAUCACCCUCAGAUACUUUGCCUGGAUUUUGCAGUGAAUCAACAAAACAAAAUGAAUUCAAAACUCAUCCAAUUCAGGUGACUUUACCUCCAGGCUACAUUCCGGUCUUUAAUCCACGGUGUAUAUUAACUUGUGAUAAUAAACAAAGUAUCAAAUCAAAUUCAUUCAAUCACCCUCAUGUCAAACAUGAUGCUAUUUCACGAGCCCGUUUACUCCAAGAAGAUUCAGUUUAUGAAAAGUUAGAUCCUAUCCAACAACUUCGUCUGAAGGCUGCGGCAGCGGGCCUUCCUGUUCCAGCCCUAGUGUCAAAGACUUCUCCAGCUGAACAACAAUUAAAUCAAUCUGAAAAUUCAAAUAAACUGGCUGCUUUUACUACUUCUAAUCCAACUGCUGGUUUGUUGAAGAUUUUUAAAACGGAUAGUAAUAAACAAGCACGGUUUGAGGCUUACCAAGUACUUGUUCGUCGAGGAUUUGCCCAUGAAGAUGCUUAUCAUCGUUGCUCUACCCUAUUGGAUUUAAACAAUGAAGAGAAGGAACGUGAAGCUAACUCGUUUCAAACGCUUAUUAAAAUGAAUCAAAUGUCAUGUACUAAUAACUCUUCUCAAAUGGAUCCAGUGAAUAUGAAUAAUGAUACAAUGAUUUGUCAAACUUCAACGUCAACCUCUAGUGCAUCAACUAUAUCUUCUGAUCCUUCUGAUAGACUACUGCCAUUAUCAAAUAAAUUACCACUUCAUAAACAACAGUUGAUCUCAUCGAAAUUAGCUUUAAGAUUUCGUUCUGCUGGUUGUAUGGAUAUCAGUAAAGAAUUAACUGAAGAAGAGGAGAAAGCUCAACGAGCACGAGUUGAAAGCUUAGAUACAGUUGAACCACGUGAUCAUGCUGUUGCAACAGAAUCUUAUGGAGCUUUAACUAGACGGCGUUUAAAAUGGCAUCCUGAUAAAAUUUUAUGUAAACGUAUAAAUGUUCCUGAUCCAUAUCCUGAUUCCACUUUUGUCGGCUGUCCAGAUGACAGACGUCCUCGUAAUCCUUUUCGUCAAAAGUUUGGUAAACAUGGAAAAAGUAGAUUCUCUGAUAGUUCCACGGCAAAUGAGUUUUCUAUUUUCGAUCUAUUGGAUGUUAACACUACUGGUUCAAUUCAAAAGUUGAAUUCUUCGAAUAUCACUUCCUGUGAACCACAAUUAAGUGACGAGUCUAAUUCUUCUGACAGUGACAGCAACGAUCCUUCUGGUACUAUGUCAGAACUUCCUGCCAGUAAUACACCCUAUAGGCCUAACCUGACUGGUACAACUUUUCAGUCUCGUGGAAAAGCUUUAUUCGCAACUUUGUUUCAAUCUAUUGAGCAGAGUAAAACAACCGAAACUACAGACAAUGUUGUGGAAAUUGAUAAUAAUAGUAAUAAUAAUAAUAAUAGUUUGUUAGAAAACGUCCAACUAUCAGAUAAAAUUUCUCAUGAUACUACCAGUGAGAUUGUGAAUGGAUCGAACGCACGGGUUAUGGGUCCUGCUCUUCCGAAAAUAGGCAUAGAUGUUCUUACUGAUCAUACAGAUAAACCUCCAAUGGAUUUGUUCAAAUCAAUAUUUGCAUCUGAUGAAGAAUUGAGUUCAUCUUCGUUAUCAGAUAACGACGUUGAUGAUAAUAAUAUUAACAAUAAAGACCGUGAAAAAGAUGAUUUAACCGUAUCGAGAGUUAUCAAAUCGAAUUCCGUUGAACUGUCUAAUGAUCAGCCUGAUCUAUUCAAAGCACAUACAUUAUUUUCACACCUAUUUGAACCGAAUGGAGAUAUGCGUGGUCCAUUAUCCGGCUUAACACGAAUGACUACACGACCUGAAGUAUCGUCCAAAGUUCAUACCUCCUCACAGAAUAAUCUCAAUCCGGAUUUAUUGUAUGGACCGGAUUUACCGCCGAAUUUUACUCCUACAUCUGAUAAAACUAAUCCAAUUUCUUUGACAAAAAAUCAAGAAAAAGCAUCAUGUUCUACCUUGUCAGAUGAUAUUUUAUUUGUGGAAUCUCAUCUUGUCAAUCGUGAUUCCGCUAAACAUAAAAAAACAAAGAACAGCAAAAGAAAACAUAAAACAAAACAUAAAAAACAACACAAGAGCAAGAAAGUUUCUCGUAAAGCACCAAUUUCUUCUUCGGAUUCAAACUCUUCUGAUACUUCUGAUUAGAUUUCGACGAUUGUCAAAUUUGUACAUAAACCAUUUUUUAAAAGUUAUUUUCUAACCUACUACUUACUGCUAUUACUACUACUAAUACUACUCUUACCAUGUUGUUUUUGUAGUCUUCAUAUUCUUCUUCUGACUAGAAAGUUUUGGUUAUAUUUCUUUACAAAUAAGUUGGCGUAUAUCCAUCUUAAAAUAAAUAUUUUGAUUUUUUCAACUCUUUCCUCUAAUAUACCGGAAAAUAUUUGCAUUUUGCGUUGCACAGAUUGUAUUUAUGAAUUCUAUUUUGUGAAUGAAAUGAUAUAUGACUUUGUACUAAUUGAAAAAAAUAUAUCAUCUAAAGGAUGUAUUUCGGUUUAUAUAAUUUUAUUGUUUUGUUUUUUCUCUUUCUCUCAUUCUCUACCGCAUUCUAUAGACGAAUAACGAGUUAAACUUCAUUGGCCUUGUUUCAGUCUAUAAAUUACAAAUUAAGUGAUAUAAAAGUCAACUAAAAAGAUCAUAAAUACUGGAUAGUUUCUGUAAAAGAAUUAGUUAGAAACUAAACGAAUCUUUAUCUAAAAUACAAAAGAUACAAUGUAUAAAUAUUGUAUGUUGUAUGUAAGCAGAAUAUAAUAAAGUCAAAUGUCAUAGAAAUGUAUAUUUUGUAAAGUUAUCGUUCUUUUCCAUCUUGAU